AAUUCAUUGUAUUUUUAUCAAUCGUUUUAAUAUUUGUAAUAAUAAUCACCGAAAACAAUGUCCAUCGCAUCGGAGGAAGACUUCUACGACAUCGAGAAUGUGGACCAAUUCGUCGACAUUAUCUCCCAAUUGGCCGACAGAUAUCAGCCGCCAUUGGAUCUCAUAUUCAACUACUUAUCGGCGCCCGACUUAUGCCGUAUGGCUUGCGUUAGCCAACGCUGGAAACGCAUUGUCUGCACCGACUCCGCCGCCAAUCACCGACGGACCCGAUAUCUGAAACGUCUGCGAAGACAACGCAAAAGUGUUGGACAGGAGAAUUGGCCAAUCAAAGGACGCACACCUGCGGCCACCCGUUCCCGGACAGCCUUAUCUGAUAUCCACAAUAUGUACCGAACUGUCAAACCGACCAAAAAGACAUUACAAUCUUCUCUCACAAACACUACCACUAUAUCGACGCCUAACACACGGCAGAGCCAACGGCUAAGAGAUAUGGGCUUAAGAGCCAUG